AUGGGUCUUCUUCUCUUCCUUCUCUCAAUGUUUCUUCUCCCUCUCCAAGCAAUUACCUUUGCCGGAAUGAAGAAAUGUGAUCUUUUCUUGGCUGAUGUUAAUACCCAACUGAAGUUUAGGAAUGUUACAACUGAUAUCAAAGUAGACACCAGCUCCAAUGGGUUACAACUAUUUACCACAAUAACAGUUGAUGAACCUGCACCCGGGCUAAAGACAAUCUUUGGCUUCAAAGUCCCUGAUCAGAGGUCUGGCAAGAUUAAACUCCAGUAUUUGUAUGAGUAUGCUAGGAUAAGCUCAAGCAUUGGAUUGACUACCAACCCAAUAGUUAACUUCUCGGGUGUGUUUGGAACAAAUGUUCUUGCACUAGGUACCGAUAUCUCAUUCAACAUGAAGUUUGGGAAUUUCACCAAAUGCAACGCGGGAUUGAGCUUCACCAAUGCAGACCUCAUUGCUUCUUUAGCUCUACAUGUGGUUAUGAAUGAAAAGGGUGAUUCAGUUAAUGCAUCUUACUACCAUAUUGUGAAUCCAUCGACCAACAUUGUUGUUGGUGCUGAGGUCACCUAUAGCUUCACUACCAAUGUGAAUACCAUCACCGUGGGUACACAAUAUGCAUUGGAUCCGUUAACCACAAUCAAGGCAUGGGUGAACAAUGCCAGCAUGGUAAGCGCUCUCAUCCAACACGAGUGGCUCUCGAAAUCCCUUUUUACCAUUUAUGGAGAGGUGGAUACAGAGUCCAUCGAUAAGAGCCCCAAGGUCGGGCUUGCAUUGGCACUCAAACCUUGA